GCAGAAAAUCACUGUCCGUCCUUUUGGAGAAAUGUCCUCUCUGUUUAUUUUGGACAAAGUGUGCCGAGACUUCGCCGUGCUGGAGGAUCACACCCUCGCUCACAGUCUGCAGGAGCAGGAGAUUGAACAUCACUUGGCAACAAACGUUCAGCGCAACCGCCUGGUGCAACAUGACCUGCAGGUGGCCAAGCAGCUUCAGGAAGAGGAGGAUCUGAAAGCACGGGCCCAAAUCCAGAAGCGCUACAAAGACAUAGAACAGCAGGACUGCGAGAUAGCUCAGGAAAUUCAGGUGAAAUUGGUGAUCGAAGCAGAACAACGGCGCAGACAAGAGGAGAAAGACGAGGACAUUGCCCGCAUCCUACAGCAGAAGGAACUGCAGGAAGAAAAGAAAAGUAAAAAGCACUACCCAGAACCCCAGGGACACACCGCUCAUGAGGACAGUUACUACCCAGAGAACGGAGGAUUGAAGUCGAGGGGGACAAAAGAAGCUGUUUAUGCCAAACCCCGAGUGGCCCGUAGGGACCUGGAGCUAUAUGAUGCAGAGAUCGCUAGGAAACUGCAAGAGGAAGAGCUUCUGGCCAACCAGGUUGAUAAGAGGGCAGCGCAAGUAGCCCAGGAUGAGGAGAUAGCUCACCUGUUGAUGGCGGAGGAAAAGAAGGCUUAUAAGAAAACGAAGGACCGAGAGAAGUCCUCUCUUGAAAAGAAAAGGCAGGACCAAGACUGGAAGCGUGACACAAGCGAAUCCGCGCGUCCAAGGUCAAGAGAAAGGCUUGAACCUCAGAGACCCAAGAGUGACAAACCGGCACGGCCGCCGCCGCCUCCAGUCACAGAACUGGACGACUUCGAUCACAGUCGUGGUUUUACAAGCCAGCCUAGCUCCGUGCGUCAGUUUUCUAAACCUGAGUCUUCUCCAAAAGGUUUCCAUUACAAGCAGUAAAAAGCUAGACUUUGCAUUGAUACUGACUCUCUUCUGUAGCAAACGUUACUGGAAUUCCCAGGAGAACUUCUCAUUUCCUUUACCCAACUCGAGUUCCAUCCUCAGGACUUCUUCCUUUUUAAAUGUCAUGUCAAUAAGUAGUGUAUGUUCAUUCUGGUUUCCCGGUUGUUUGUGAUCACUUUAGUAGCGCAGUAAAAUCUAGCCACUGUGUAGCUGACCAGCUGUACCCAGCUAGCUGAUCUGACAACACCUUUCCAGCCCUCUGAAUCCCUUUUUAGCUACAGCUGCAUCUUUGACAAUUAGUGGCUUGAUCUUUUUUUGAGAGAGAGAGGGAGACAAUUGGGGGGAAAAGUCCAAGAUGUGAGGUGGAUUAUGGCAAUGCAGAAAUCAAGAAAUAGGAUGGAGAUUAACAUGUGACUAAGAUGACCCACAGCUUUCUGUGGUAACCGGGAAUGCACAUCUUCCCGAGUACUGAGUGAGAAAACGGAGCCAAAUCAACACAGAGCAACUGAUAUUUUCCAUGGUAGUUGGCAUGAAGAUGAAUGCGUCUUCGUACAUCUACCAGCAGGAUGCUCGGACUUCAUGCCCUUUGGAGAAAAAACUGUUCUGUCUACAAAGUCUCUGUUGUGCUGUCACUUCUUAGGAAACACCCUUUGGGUGACGCACGUAACAUGCUUCUAUGUCCGAGUCAGGCCUCUGAAUAAGGGGCUGUAAAACUUCAGCUCUUGCUGUACGUCUCAUAUGUAUUGCUUUUAAGAAGUUUUCAAUUUCUUGAUGCAGCUGUCAGUGGUGGAGCCAGAGAGGAAUAUAAAUUCAUGGACCAUAGGGCCAAAAGGGACCAUUAUGAUUAUCUGGGGUGACUUUGUGCACGGCACAGGUCAGAGAACCUCACCCAGGAAAAAUGGGGGAAAUUAGUCUUCUUUACACCAUUGAGCCCGAUAACUUGUGGCUGAACCAGAGCGUGUUUUCUAGAAGAGCACCCAGUCUCUGUUUGUUUAAGAUGCCAUGUGAAGAUGACGACGUAAUCACUUCCCAGAGUGCAGGAAUCCUCUGUCAAUCGAAGAUACCCGCCUAGGUUCUCUUCUGCACUG